GCUGUAACUACUGCGACCUUCUUAGAAUAGACACUUAUUUACACCUGGACAUGCGUUAGCAUUUUUCACGCACUUAGCGCGGACUGAGACGCUGUUGAACGCUGCGCGGGAGCCAUGGCGGCAGAUGACAGCCUGCUGCCUAUUGCCAUCCUCAUAGACGAGCUCAAGAGCGAUGAGCCGCUUCGGCGACUCAAUUCCAUCAGCCGUCUGGGGCUUAUAGCGCAGGCUCUGGGCGAGGAGCGGACACGGGCAGAGCUCAUUCCGUUCCUUAGCGACAAUGUGGACGAUGAGGACGAGGUCCUGCUAGCCCAGGCGGAGCAGCUGGGGAACUUCGUGCCCUACGUGGGCGGGCCGCAGUAUGCCUACCUCUUGCUGCCCCUGCUGGAGACGCUGUCGACGGUGGAGGAGACGGUGGUCCGGGACAAGGCGGUGGAGUCUCUCAGCAAAGUAGGCUCGAACAUGCCCGACAGCCACACAUGCGAGCACUUCGUUCCCAUCAUCAAGCGGCUGGGCUCCGGGGACUGGUUCACGUCUCGCGUCUCGGCAUGCGGCCUGUUCGCAACAGCGUAUCCGCGAUGCACGCCCAUGCUCAAGGCAGAGCUGCGGCAGCUGUACUCGCAGCUCUGCCGAGAUGAGACGCCCAUGGUGCGCCGCGCGGCCGCCCAAAAGCUGGGCGCGUUCGCCAAGGUGGUGGAGCGGGAGUACGUGAGCCGGGAGCUCAUGCCGCUCUUCACGGAUCUGACGCAGGACGACCAAGACUCCGUCCGCCUACUGGCGGUUGAGAGCUGUGGGGCAUUCGCUCAGGCUCUCGGCCAGGCGGAGGCGACGACUAUGCUCCUGCCCAUUAUUCACAAGUUUGCGCAGGACAAGUCUUGGCGCGUUCGCUACAAUGUCGCGCAGCAGCUGGUGCAGCUUUGCGAGGUGCUGGGCCCGGAUGUGACCCGGAUCGAGCUCACGCCCAACUUCGUGCGGCUGCUGCGGGACAGCGAGGCGGAGGUGCGCGUGGCCGCCGCGGGCAAGGUGGCCGCGUUCUCCAAGCUGCUCACGCCGCAGCAGAUCGUGACCAGCGUCAUCCCCUGCGUGCGCGAGCUCAGCAUGGACAGCAGCCAGUACGUGCGCGCGGCGCUGGCGGGCGUGGUCAUGGAGAUGGCGCCCACGCUUGGGAAGGCGCUCACCAUUGAGCACCUGGUGCCCAUCUUCCUGACUCUGCUGAAGGACGUGUACCCCGACGUGCGGUUGAAUGUCAUCAGCAAGCUGGACCAGGUGAACCAGGUGAUUGGCAUCGACCUGCUGGCUCAGAGCCUGCUGCCCGCCAUUGAGGAGCUGGCGGAGGACAAGCACUGGCGCGUGCGGCUGGCCAUUGUGGAGCACAUCCCGCUGCUGGCCAGCCAGCUGGGCGCGGAGUUCUUCCAGGAGAAGCUGGGGCCGCAGUGCAUGAAGAGCCUGGAGGACCAGGUGGCGUCCAUCCGCGAGGCGGGCGCGCGCACGCUGCAGAAGGUGGCGGGCGAGUUCGGUGCCGAGUGGGCUCGCGACCACCUUGUGCCGCACGUGCUGGGCCUGAUCAAGAACCCACACUACCUGUACCGCAUGACGGUGCUGGUGGCGCUGUCCAUGCUGGCCACCAUCGUGAGCCAGGACGUGUUGUGCAACCUGAUGCUGCCAGUCAUCACCACCGCCGCCAAGGACAAGGUGCCCAACGUCAAGUUCAACGUGGCCAAGAUCAUGGAGAAGCUGGCGACCCUGGUCCCGCGGCCGGUGCUGGAGAGCUCGAUCCGCCCCGUGCUGCUGGAGCUGUGCGAGGACGGCGACAUGGACGUGCGCUUCUACGCGCGCCAGGCGCUGUACGCCUGCGACCACGGCGCCACCGCCUAGGUGGCCUGGCGGAGGGCGGCUGGGAAGGAGGGGAGGAGAGGCAUGCGGAGGCGGCAGAGGGCAGGGGUAAGAGGGCCGCCGCGGCGGCGUGAUUGAGAGGAGAGGAGCCGUGGGCGAGUGGAGAGGGCCCUCGGGGGAGCGGUGGAGCGGCGUCCCGUCGGGCGCGGCCGGCGGGGCUGCACGGCUCGGCCUGUCGCGCAGCUUGCGGCAUGAUUUGCCGGAGCCGAUGCAACGCGCCACCGGCAUCAGUACGGCAACGCGCCACCGGCAUCAAUACGGCAACUGUGGCGGCGGCGACCAACAUGUGGAGCAGCAGCGAGUUGCGGAGCCAGCUGUGGGUUUGUCACGAGGAGGGGCAGUGGCACGGCGCCGUGCUUGCAGUGCGGCGGUCCCGCGUGGUGGACUGACGCUGCGCGCAAGUCGGACCCGCUGGUUGCGUGUUGCGGCGGGGCACAGGCAGACGCAGGCGGGCGAUGGGAUUUGGUGUGCGCUGCCCGCGGCACCACCCAUGCCACGUGCCUUCGCGUUCGCCGCCGCCCAGUGCCGAUGGGCAACGCUGAAGCAGGCCUGAGAGGCUGUUCUGUAUAGGAUGUCAGCGCCAUGAUUGGCGUGGAACUCGUCAUUCGUAAAGCACCCGCGCGCGCCAAUCACAAUGUGCUGUUGGUAGCUGAAGUCAAAAGGCGGGCCUGUCAGGGAGGAGGUUGUGUGAUGGGGCCGCGUGUCCGGGGAUAGGCGCAAUGCGGCAUGGAUUUGGUGUCGCGCGAAUGUAGCUCACAGUGCAUGAGAAUGUGGGUUUAUGUGUGUUACAGAAGUCGUUAUUGAAUCGGUGUAGGGGCGGUGGCAGCGCCCGACCUAGAGCAGCCUGCAAUGCGUGCCGUUGCACAUACACACACACGAAUGCGGGGUCGCCUGGGUGGCCAAGCGGCUUGCGCGCGGCACAUAAAUUCAUUGCCACGCGUGCAUGUGUGAGGGGUUGCGUCGAGCACUGCCACAAGGCAAAACGCCAAAGAUACGUGCAUUCUUGAGGUGAGUCGGACUGGAGCCAGACUGACCAAUGCUCAUGGCCUGUAAGGAUAGAAAUGC